CUUUAGUGGGCGGGCCUAACCUUCCAUAUAAAGAGUGCUGGUGUGUGAUUCAGUGCAGAAGAGGUGUGAGUUAGAUGUCAGGAAGCUGUUGAAUCCCGUACAGGCAAAAGAUGUUGAGGAUCACUGUAUGGCUGUUGGUGGGAGUAUGUGGGUUUGUGUCUUGCAUCAAAUGUCCUGAUGGGAACACCUGCCCUGAUCGCACCACCUGCUGUAGGACUUCACAUGGAUAUAACUGCUGUCCGUAUCCCAAUGCUGUGUGCUGUGCCGACUUGAGUCACUGCUGCCCCUCAGAUUAUCGGUGUAACCUGGUUACCCAGAUGUGUGAGAAACUAAACCAGCCAUGGUUGACCAUACCCAUGGUGAAGAAAGAAGUUGCAGAGAAACCGAGCACCCCUGUUAUACCUGUCUCUCCCCUUCAGGAGCUCAAAAACAACCCAGAUCAAAAAAAGGCUUCAGUUGUCUACUGUGACAACUAUUACACCUGUCCUGAUGGCACAAGCUGCUGCAGACACCCAGCAGGGGCCUGGUUCUGUUGCCCCUACUCCCCUGCCAGGUGUUGUCUGGAUGGCUACCACUGUUGUCCGUAUGGGUACGACUGUGACCUUACUUACACGCACUGUGUGAGGCAAGGCCUGAGAUAUCCUUUCACGCCUAAAAAACCUCUAUCUUCAGUCCCUGCAUCUCUCAUUUCUACCUCAGAGGACCAAGACCGCCUGCAGGAGACACCUCUGACAGCUCUAACAGAGGCCAAUGACAGCGCCUUUGAGACUGGAGUCAUUCGCUGUGAUUCCAAAUCUUUCUGCUCAUCAGGAAAAACUUGCUGCAAGGGACCAACAGGCCAGUGGAACUGCUGUCCCUAUCCACUGGGCCAGUGUUGUACAGAUGGUCAGCACUGCUGUGAAUAUGGAUAUACCUGCGACCCCGGCUCCAUGACAUGCAGAGGAUUGUACUCUCUGAUCCCCUCAGGAACACAAGAAGGGGCCAAACCAUACUGAGGACAUGUUGUUCAUAUUCUUGCACUAUGACAGCUUUGUCAAAUGAACACAAACUGAUACAAUUUAUUUGAUUAUAUUCACAGACUUAUAAUACAGUGUAAUGAGUAAAUAAUCUGUUUACAACCUCAUAUGAUUGUUUCUCUUAUCUUUGGUAUAUUUCAUUUUUAGAUGAAUUGUACUAUAUCGUAAGGGAAGGAAUGUGAACAUUCAUUUUCAGACCUAAUCUAGCAUGAUUUAUUGCAGCUUUGUAUCCCCUGCACUGUUAUUGUACAUAUGAUGAAUAUGAUGAAUGUUUAAUCUGAGGAGGGGUUUUUUUGUUUGUUUUUUGUGGAAACAUCCAAAUCAUGAUUUUUUUAAAUAAAAGAUUUGA